GGUUAUCCAAUCACAGCAAGCCACCGUGUGUUUCCAAACAACAUCCCUUUUCACAGAACUACAGGCUGUGUAGCUAGCUACUUACUUCCUCAUCAUCUCAACUAAAAAGUUGUCGGCUGAAUAAAUUAAUUCCUACUUUGUUUUUCUGACAUUUUACCUUGAUGAUUAGAUGCUGUAAUUACUUACUCCGUUGAUAUUAUAACUAAGAGGUCGCGUUGGAGAGGUCACAAGAAAACAAAAAUGGACAACAGUGGUUUUCCUAACGUUAGACAAAAGACAAUCACUCUUGUGAUAAAAACACCGAAUCAAGCCCACGGGGAUCAAACGAUUGAAGGAGUUGACACGGACUGGACAGUGAAAGAGUUGAAGACUCAUUUAUCGAGGGUGUACCCAAACAACCCGGCUGAAAGUGAUCAGAGACUCAUUUACUCUGGCAAGCUGCUCCCAGACCAACUGCAUGUCAGAGAUAUUUUCAGAAAGACGGACCUAACACCCACUGUGCACCUGGUGUGUGCAGUCAGAACUCAGCCCAGAGGUCCACUAGGAGCAAGACCAAAGGUCAGAGAGCCAGAACCACAGCCCUCUGCCAUGCCAACCAGACAGAACCCAGAGGGUGCCACCCCAGCCCCAUCUGUGCCCACUGAACCAAAGCUGAGACAACGCAGGCCAGGGGCAGCAGAGAUAACCAACCCAACCUUCCCCACCUACUCCCUCUACAGCCCUCAACAGCUGCUCUGGCUGCAGCACAUGUAUGCUCGCCAAUACUACAUGCAGUACCAUGCAGCCUACGCAGCAGCAGCUUCUGCCCCCUUUGCCCCAGCCGCAGGCCCAUCCCUGCCUGCUGCUCCCCACCAAGCCGCUGUCCCAGCAGCCCUGCCCAAUCAGGCCCCCAUUGACAACCUGCCAGCCAAUCAGAAUGCGCAGGACGGUGCCUUUAUCAACCCGGGAGCAGCCAAUCAGAACCUGCGGAUGAAUGCCCAGGGCGGGCCUGUGAUGGAGGAUGAGGAGGAAAUGGAUCGUGAUUGGCUGGAUUGGGUGUACACGGCUGCCCGUCUGGGAGUGUUUCUCAGUAUUGUCUACUUCUACUCCAGCCUGAGCCGCUUCGCCCUUGUUAUGAGCAGCCUGCUCCUUAUGUACCUGCACACAGCAGGCUGGUUCCCCUUCAGACAAAGGCCCCUGGUCAGAGGUCAAAACAACUUGGUCCCUGAGGUCAUCCAGAACCAGGACAGGAACCCAGUGCCACCGGCGGAGGUCCCUGCAGGAGAAGAGGGGGCCGAGGCGGAGGUUGGACCUGAUGAACCACACCCGCUGACUGGAGUACCUGUGCCUCAACACAGGGUGUCCGUCGUUUGGAGUGCCUGGAUCUUCUUCAAAGCCUUCUUUGCCUCCCUCAUCCCAGAGGCCCCGGGAGUGGCUAACUGAAUAAUUGACUCUUCCAGCAGGGGGCACAGUGGAACUGAAGUUUCCCUCAGUCUCAGACCUGCCUCUCUGUCACAGGAAGUCCUCUCUCUGGCCUUCUGGAUGGAUGCCUGGAUGGAUGCCUGGACAUUUUGUGAGAAAUCAUGAAUGAUUAAAAGCGUCAAUGCAUACAAAGCCCUGGCUGUAGUCUGUUAAGGGUGUGUGUUUAGGGAUAUGAUUCAUUCGGCGCUUCCUGCCUUAUGAUAGUGACCAAAUGGUUGUAUAUACAGUACAGUACAUACACCUCUCUCUGCCAAAUGGUUGUAAAUGCUGUAAAUGUUUAUUGGAACAAAACAUUUAAAUAUUAUUGUAUUGUCUGUACACAGCACUUUACAAAACUUAUCUUAUUAUUAGGGCUGGGACAAUACUAAUAUCGCAAUAUUUUUUCCAUUGCAAAAAUGUAAACACGAAGCAGAUCAAACUCUUUGGCCCUUUAAAAACCUUCUGUAUGUAAAUAUUGUCUGCUAUAUCUUGGAAAAAUAAAUAAAUGUGAUUCUGGAUGAGUAGUAAUGUACACUCAGCAGCCAGUUUAUUAGGAACACCAACCUAGUACCGGGCCAGACCCCUUUUGCCCCCAGAACAGCCUGAAAUCUCAGGGUCAUGAAUUCUACAAGGUGUGGCAUUCAAACAUUACUCAAUUGGUAUCAAUGGACCUGAUGUGUGCUAGGGAAAGCAUUCCCCACACCAUUACACCACCGCCACCAGCCUGUACCGUAGACACCAGGCAGGAUAGCAACGUAGUCAGACUCAUGUUGCUAAAUGCCAGAUCUUGACUUUGCCAUCAGCAUGACUCAACAGGAACCGAGAUUUGCCGGACCAGACAAUGUUUUUCCACUCCUCAACUGUCCAGUGUUGGUGAUGGCGUGCCCAGUGGAGCCACUUUUCUUGUUUUUAGCUGAUAGGAGUAGAAACCGGAUGGGCUGCAAAAUCCCAUCCGUGACAAGGACCGACGAGUUGUACGUUCCGAAAUGCUGUUCUGUACACCACUUGUACUGUGCCAUUAUUUGCCAGUUUGUGGCCGGCCUCGUAGCUUGCACAAUUCUUGCCAUUCUCCCAUGACCUCUCUCAUCAACGAGCUGUUUUCGCCCACAGGCCUGCCGCUGACAGGAUAUUUUCCCCCCGCACCAUUCUCAGUUAACCCUAGACACUGUCGUGUGUGAAAAGCCCUGGAGGCCGGCCAUUUCUGAGAACCGGCACACCUGACACCGAAGAUCAUACCAUGCUUAAAGUCGCUUAGGUCACUCGUUUUGCCCAUUCUAACGUUCAAUUGAACAGUAACUGAAUGCUACGAUGCCUGUGUUCCUGCUUUAUAUAGCAGGCCACGGCCACGUGACUCACUGUCUGUAGGAGCUAACCAUUUUCGUGAACGGGGUGGUAUACCUAAUAAACUGGCCACUGAUUGUAUGUUUCCAACAUACAUGGGGCUGUUUUCCGAAAUAGUUAAAUCCGCUUUGUGUUUUGUUUCUUUGCCACGAUACUAACGAGUAUCGCAAUACUGGUAUUGUGCCGGCCAUACUUAUUAUGCAAGCUUGCUUUAAUCUGGGUUAAAUUCUGAGAUGCUUAUAGUGCUAUAUGAUAAAAUAGUUUGUAUUGCUCUUGCUCAGAGAUGGAAGUGCUAUACAGGGUUGUGCAUGAGUAUUGAAUGUUUCUCUGGUUGUCUCAGAUGUGAAAUGGAAGGCAGUGUUAACAUAGUGUGGCUUUAAUUCAUUAGACUGGUUAAAGAUCUUCUGAAAGUUGAAUUAUGUUAAACACGGGAAUAUGCAGUUGUGUGGGUCUUAGGCCAGACUGUUUUUGCAAUUAAAAUGGAAUCAUGCAUAGCGACCUCGCUCCCUUGUUACACAAUGAGAAAAAUAUAUAUUGUGAUUCCUUUUGGAAUGCCUUUAACUGUACACAUACACUAAGUGUAAUUCCCCCCUAGUACGUUUUAAUGUGAUUUAUCUUUUUGUUUUUAUUUUGGUAAAACAGCUUUUUAAUGGAUGCUACUGUAUCAAGAAUAUUUUGUGGAGACUUGCAAUAAACUUACUUAUUUAAAAGGA